UGUGGAUCAUUCCUUCUAACCGUAGUUUAUACGCCAUAAUAACCUGAGCUGCUGACUGUGAUCCUAAUUAUUCUGCUGCUGUUAGGCUCUCAUAGUUAGCACCCGAAGCUCGCUUUGGUGUCGAAGCAAUGGCUGCCGUCACAAUGCAGGCGUCGGUCGCGAGCCGCACACCGUACCUCUCCCUGCCGUCACGCUCUAGAUUCGCAUCGGGAGCUCGCCUCGCACGACCAGCGCCAGCCGUCGCCAGAGUCGUCGUCAAUGCUCGUGCGAGCUGCGACCGGCCUGAGGUUGCUUCGCCUUUGAGAAGCUCGCUCGUCAGCCAAUCUGCUCCCGAAGCGAGCAUCGAUCAGUUCUCCCCGCAGCAGCUCGCCGUCAACGCGUCGACAGUCGCCUCCACAGCCGCGGCCUUCCUCACACCGCUCGCGCUCCUGGCAGCGCCAGCAGUGGCGGCGGAGGCGGGGGGGCAGACGGACGAGCAGUUUGUGGAGACUCUCAUCUACUGGGGCAUCACUGCUGGCGUCUACCUCUUCGUCGCGCCGCCGCUGGUGUACACAUACCUGCGCCUGCGGUGGUACAACCGGUCCACCCUCGAGACGUUCUUCCAGUACUACCUCAUGUUCGCCUUCUUCCCCGCCAUGCUGCUGUGGGCGCCCUUCAUCAACUUCAGGCGCCUUCCCCGCAAGCAAACCUGAUGGCUUGCUGCCACCCACUCUCAUGCGUCCAACAGCUUUAUCGGCAGCAGCAAGACAGGCACGCAGGCAUAGGGUAGCACGGCUUGACUGUCAGUUAGUCCGCAGCGCCUUGCUAUACUGCUGACGGUUGUGUGCUGUUACACAGGGUUAUAUGGAGUACAGAUCAUGCAGGGUGCUAUGAACUGGGAUAGCGUACGCAGCAUCAGGGUGCAGCUGUAGGAAUUUACUACUAUUGCUCGCCCACAGUAAUCUCUUUUGCCUACAUAAAGAAUCAAGUUACAUUGCUACUAGUCCACCUUGUUG